CUGAUGUGGGACAAUUCCUUGCUUGGCUGAAAACUCUCGGUCCCCCUUUGUCACUCAAUGAGUCUGCCACUCUUACCAACAUUGACCACACCACAGUGUGUCCUCGAAUUGGGAAUGAAUUCCUUUGCUUUUGUGAGGCGCAGUUUACUUGGUCACAAAGACAGUGCAGCAGCUCUACAAGGUGUGAUGACAGCACUAAGGACCUGUGUAGAUGCAUCGUCAAGACUGACCCAUUAGAUAACCAGUUCUGCCAGCCACCAAUUGAAAGGAAAGAAGAGUUUACCAUGGACAUUACUUUUGAUACAUCUUUCAAUAACCCAGAUCAUACAAUGUUCAAAGAAAUUUCCACCUCUAUAAAAAAUAAUGCUGAGCGGUACUUCCCAACUCUAGUCGCAGCAGGGUUAACUGGCUUCCGUUCUGGGAGCACCAUUGCUCAGUAUUCAAUCAAUGCAACUUCUUUUUUAGCAGCAGACUUUGAAAAUUUCAGAAGAGGGAUUAUAACAGAUUUGGGAAGAAAAUUCAACAUGAUAGUAGACAGUAGCGUACCUCUACAGUUUUCUUCUAAUGUGACAAUUGCUGAAGAAAAAUUGAAUGUGAUAUGUGGCCCUCCCCCAGAAGACCUAAAAUUUAUGUCAAACUGGACUUCAGAGUGGAGACAUGAUGGAGAGAUAAUAAUCCCUUCAAGAAGAAUAAUCAUUUCAGAUGGAGAUGGAAACUCACUUGUACAGUCAGUACUAACUGUGCUUGGACUUGUAUCAAGUGACAGUGGACUGUAUGAGUGCUUGUUGAAAGAUGAGAUUGUUUUCCUUCAAGUUUCUUCAAAAGCACUCAUUGUUGAAGAAAAACCAGUGAUCGAAGUAAAUACAAUCAGGAAAGCUGUCCAUUGUGAGGUUGGACAUGAUAUCGUUGUACCACUGGAAUGCUCUGUUCAAAGCAUAUACAACAUCGAGUUGGUGCGGACUGAUGACUCCGUAGCAGAUCCAAGCAAUCCUGUGGAAACAGGCGGCAGUGAAAUUAAGUAUGAUUUUAAAAUGGGUGUAAAAACCUGA